ACGAUACAGAAUCAAUCUCAUCCCAGAAAGGUUAUUCGAUAUUUCACGCUAAAUCCCUCAAUAAAUAAGAGACCUUUCCGUAGCGUCCUUACACCUCACUCACUCUAUCUAAGCAUACGGUUUUCCCAUACUUUAACCUACGCCAUGAGCAUACUUGACAAGCUCUGGGACGACACCGUCGCCGGUCCCCGUCCCGAUACUGGCCUUGGCAAACUCCGAAAGUCCUCUACCUUUAACUUGGGCUCAAGUUCCGGCAAGGAAUCAGAAGGAAGUCAAGAGAUGGCUAGGGUGACAAAACGUAUAAUGAUAGUAAAGCCUCCAGGGAAUCUGAGUAAAGACUCUCCUCCAGUUUCACCUGCCAGUGCUAGUGCCGGUUCCACUCCUCCGGUAUCUCCCUUUGCUGGUGGGGGAGGAAAGGAGGCAUUUCGAUUCCGCAGGCGAUCAGGGCCAUUUGCAUACGAGAAUGCUAGUGGGAUUGGACCCAGAAGCCCUCCUCCUCCUUACGACCUAUGAGAUAUGAAUUGAGGCUCAACAUGCAUGUUCCAGCUGCUUAAUUGACUGUAUGUUCUGUGUCCGAGUUGUUGUUACGCGCGCUUGUCGUUGCUCUGUUUUUGUAAAUAUUGUUAGUGUUUUGAUGUAGCGGAGAGGGGAUUCAAGAGUGGUGGCUGGGUUGAGUACUACUCCUAGUUCUAAGUGAUGUACUUCCUCUGUUUGUCAAGGAUCUCCUUUUGUAACCGGUUUUCAAGAGACCUAGCUCCAUUUGAGUUCAAAUUUGGCAAAUGAUAACCUAACUGUCUUUCCCCUUUCU